GUCGGGGUUAGACUAUGUUAGGCCACGUGGCGCCCGUCAUAUGCUUCCAUUUUUUAACCCCCAAAAUCUCCGUCUGUCUCUGCGACUGUGCCUGAACCACUUUCCCUACAAAAAUCGUUUCAAUUCAUCUCAAAUUCAACUGAGAACCAAAUUUAAUUUCGCAAUUUUCAGGCCAAAUGUGUAUCCAAGAUUGAAUUUUGGUAGCCUUAUCAAGUCUUUCGGAGCUACUGACGUAUAUUCAGUUAGAUUUUCCGACGAGGGUAUAAACGAUGAUGUCGUUGGACAUCGCCGGAAUGCUUGACAACUCGAAGGGGCUCGAUCGUCUGAGGAAAGAUCAGGAGGAGGUGCUUCUCGAGAUAAACAAGAUGCACAAGAAGCUGCAAUCUACUCCCGAGUUGGUUGAAAAGCCUGGUGAUAGCUCUUUGUCGAGGCUGAAAAUGCUAUACACUCAAGCCAAAGACCUGUCCGAGAGUGAAGUAACUGUUUCUAGUCAACUGUUGGGACUAAUUGAUGCAUUACUGCCUUCUGGAACUCAGCAAAACCAGCGAAGGAUAGAAGGCAGUGAGCAGAAGAAAAAGAAGGUGAAGGUUGAUUCAGAAGUGCCGAGAAUGUCUCCAUCAAUGCGUAGUCACUUCGAGUCUCUUGCGAGUUUGAAGGGUGAACAAAAUGGAGGCUGUGAUUUUUUCUCUUGGGUCGACCCUCCUACCUGUGACCGGCCUGAAAAAAUCAUGCCUGGGUUAGUGAAGAAGAUGAAGGCACUGGAGAGAGCAAAUGAAAACUUCAAAUUUGAGAAUACCAAAUUGGAGGAGAAGGUUGAAAAACUGGAGGAGAAAAUUGAAAAAUUACAGAAAAAGGUUGAAAAAUUGCAAGCAUUGAACAAGAGGUUGGUUGAAAAGAAAGAAAAAAUGGAGAUGAAAAUGGGGUUUGCAUUGGCUAUAGCAGCUUUGUUGUGUGUAUUUUUGCUAUAUAAAAUUAGGUGAAGGAUAUAGAUUAAGGAAGGUUGUGUAAUGUGUUUAUUUUCUCUUGUAAUCUUCUAUGUACUCUUGUAUUUUGUGUGUUUCAAUGUAAUGCACUUGUGGUUUCAAUGAAAUGAAAUUUUCUUUAGUUUGCACUUGUAUUUCUUUAGUGUGCAGUUAAUAACUACUUGUAUUUCUUUAGUGUAUCUCUUGUAUUUCUUUAGUG